UGCUCUCUGCUGAUAGGGUUAGGCUCGCUCGAGGAUAGAGAGACAGAGAGAGACCUCCGUGCUUCAGGACCCUCUGACUUGCGGGGCUCGAACCAGCGGUCGCGAAGAGACAGGAGGAUGCUUCCCAGUGACGCCACGAAAACACCUGAAGAAGAAGAAGACGGUAAAGAAGACGAAGAUGAAGACGAGGAAGAAGAAGAAGUGUCUCCACUUCCUCCUCCUGUUACCAUGACAAUCUUGAAUGACGACCCUGCUGAUCAAUCAGAGGCCGCGGCCAACUUUUCAGCCAAUCAGGUGAGCUCAGACUCGGCAGAGGAGACGCCAUCCUCGUUUCCACGGCGACAGAAGGAGGAGGAGGAGGAGGAGACGCAGGCUGUCGCCGUCUCUCCCGACGGACGAUUCCUGAAGUUCAACAUCGAGAUCGGGAGAGGCUCCUUUAAGUCCGUCUACAAGGGCCUCGACACCGAGAACAACGUGGAGGUGGCCUGGUGCGAACUGCAGAAUCACCGUCUGAACCGGUCGGAGCGUCUCAGGUUUUCUGAGGAAGUAGAGAUGUUGAAGGUUCUUCAGCAUCCGAACAUCGUCCGUUUCUACGACUCCUGGAAGUCGUCACUGAGGGGCCACAAAUGCAUCAUCCUGGUGACGGAGCUCAUGACCUCCGGCACGCUGAAGACGUACCUGACGCGGUUCCGUCAGAUGAAGCUGAAGCUGCUGCAGCGCUGGAGCCUCCAGAUCCUGAAGGGGCUCCACUUCCUGCACUCCCGCGCCCCCCCCGUCCUGCACCGGGACCUGAAGUGUGACAACGUGUUCAUCACCGGGCCCAACGCGGCCGUGAAGAUCGGAGACCUGGGCCUCGCCACGUUGAAGAGGGCGUCGUUCGCCAAGAGCGUCAUCGGGACCCCGGAGUUCAUGGCUCCAGAGAUGUACGAGGAGAAGUACGACGAGGCGGUGGACGUGUACGCCUUCGGGAUGUGCAUCCUGGAGAUGGCCACCUCCGAGUAUCCGUACUCCGAGUGCCACAACGCCGCGCAGAUCUACCGCAAAGUCACCAACGGAACCAAGCCGGACAGUUUCUUCAAAGUGAAAGUCCCCGAGCUGAAAGAGAUCAUUGAGGGCUGCAUUAAGACCGACAGCAGUGAAAGGUUCACGGUGCAGGCCCUGCUGCAGCAGCAGUUCUUCCAGGAGCAGCAGGGGGUCAGCGUGGUUCUGGCCCAGGAGGACGACGGGGCGGCGCUGAAGCUCUUGCUGCGGAUGGAUCACAACAAGAAGCUGCACGGGAAAUACAAAGAUAACAACGCCAUCGAGUUCCUGUUCGAGAUCUACAAGGACGUCCCGGAGGAGGUGGCGCAGGAGAUGGUGGUGCUCGGCUUCCUAUGUGAGGCUGACUACAAGGCGGUUGCCACGGCGAUCCGAGACCGAGUGACGGCCAUAAAGCGUCAGCGGGAGAAACGCCGCCUGCUAGAGGAGUCUGACUCCGCCCCCAAACCAUCUGAACCUGCCAAUCACAGAGCGGCAGCCGCCACCAGCUCAUCAGAUGCCGGGAAGGCGGCCAAUCAGACGUCAGGGAGCACUGAGGAUUCUGGGAAGAGCCGGACGGAGCACCCCCCCGCUACAGGUGAGGCAGACUCUGAGAUGGACACUUCCUCAGGUGUGCCGGAGAGGGUUGAAGCCACGCCCCCUCCACUCACUAACCCCGCCCCCCUUUAUUAUGUCCCCGCCCCUGCUGCCGUGGCCCAGGAGACCCCUCGACCUCAGGUUCCUCCCCCUGUGACCAGGACUCCAUCCAAAGCUCCGCCCCUUCCUGUGCUGCGCUAUCCCAAAAGCAUCGCUGUUUCCCACAAUGCCGAGCGACACACAGUCAGUGGCUUCUCUUCACCUAUUGACAGCUCCGCCUCUGACGUGACCUCGGGUUUGAGUGACUGCAAUGACGGCCAAUCAGAAAAGGGCAAUCAGGAAGUGGUGACAGCGAAGAAGCAGUUCAGACGGAGAGCCAAAGCUUGCCUGAGAAUCACAGGGGUGUCAGACCUGGGCGACCGGGUGGUGGAGUGCCAGCUGAAGACCCACAACAGCAAGAUGGUGACCUUUAAGUUUGACCUGGACGGAGACAGCCCUGAAGACAUCGCCUCGGUGAUGCUCCACAGAGACUUCCUGCUGCCCUCAGAGCGAGACGGCUUCAUCCUGCGCAUGUAUGACAUCAUCCAGAGGGCGGAGUCUAUGAUGCAGCCCGGCGCCCCCGCUCAGCCUAACCGCCCCCCCCCGGAUCUGAGCAGAACGCUGUCCUCAAAACCACUUCCAGACAGGCUCCGCCCCCGUCACCCAGCAAGGGGCGUCACCCACCUGGACCCCCGUCAUCCAGCAGGGGGCGUCACCCACCUGGACCCCCGUCACCCAGCAGGUCUCCCUCACUGUCGGGCGUUUCCAGGUGUCACCCUCUAAAGAUGUUCCUGCUGUCCGUCAUCCCGAGCCCCGCCCCCUCAGUCAGGCCACACCCACCGCUCAUUCCCCGCCUCCUUCCAUGGCAAGCCAAUUAGAGAGCAGCAUGGAGGAGACGAGCCAAUCAGAGAGCAGCACAGUGAAGCUCUCCAGAGGACAGGAGGAAGAGGAUGGGAGGGGGGGGGGCGCCGGCUCAGCCAAUCGUGGAGCCGCUUGAUGGCCCUCACCAGCUCUGACGAAUC